AUGGGCGGAGUUUUUAGCUGUACGAGUUUUCAGCGUUAUAGCUUCAAAAUUUGCAAAAAUUGGAAUUUUCAUCUGCCUAAUUGUAAGUUUAUUGUAGAUUAUUGA